CAGUCAUGACAACAAUCCGAUUACAUUGAGACACUUAUCUGUGCAGGCUAUUUAUGCGCAUACCAGCAGUGCUUAGGAGCAAGACCCACUUAGAAGAACCGUCGCAUGCACUGAACAAGGGGUAUUUAUUUGUAUUUUUAUACUAAUUGUAAUAGAACUAAAGAGAAAGUAUUUAUUGAGCAACAUUGCAACUUUUCUUUGAGCUAGCCUACCUAUGUAUGGAGGAAUUAUCUGUGGACAUUUAGGCUAUCAAGUGGAGGACACUACGCGCAAGAAAAGGGGCUGAUGAAGGUAACCUACAUGGUGUAAAGAUGGAUACUAGUCCUACAAGAAGUAUUGAUGGACAGACAUGUGUGGGGGAGAGCCCUGCCCGCAAUGGGGAGUCCAGGCACCGAGGCAGCACCAGGGGCAGCUUCCACGCAGUUGCCACAUGGAGCUCAUCCUCCCAGUCCUCCCAAAAGGAAGAUCUGGGGAGCAAUGUUAGUAAGAGACUUAAUUCUAUUGUCAACUCCCAAUACAAUGACCAUCACAGCACCACAGCAGAUCCCAAGGGCCAACUGUGGGUGUCAGCAGAACCUGACACAACCACCACCAAUACCGCCACUACCACAUUCUCCAAGGGAGCAGAAGUCAUCACUUCUACUCAGGCCUCAGAGACGGAGGAGAAUGACCAUGUGGACCAGUCCACCUACUUUCAGAGGCAGUUUGGGGCGCUGCUCCAGCCAGGGGUCAACAAGUUCUCCCUGCGCAUGUUUGGUAGUCACAAGGGCGUGGCAGCGGAGCAGGCCAGGGUCAAAUCCUUUGGAGUGUGGAUCAUCCACCCCUACAGUGACUUCAGGUUCUAUUGGGACAUUGUGAUGCUACUCCUGAUGAUGUGCAACCUGGUCAUCCUCCCCUGGGGCAUCACCUUCUUUGAAGACCAGAAAACAUUGCCCUGGAUCUCGUUCAACGUCAUCUCUGACACCUGCUUCCUGGUCGACCUGGUCCUCAACUUCCGCACGGGCGUCCUAGAGGGAGACGACCAGAUCAUCCUGGACCCCAAGGUGAUCCGUAUGCGUUACCUGAAGACUUGGUUCGUGGUGGACUUCAUCUCCUCCAUCCCAAUGGACUACAUCUUCCUGAUAGUGGACCUGGAGGCCCAGAUGGAGGCUUCGGAUGUGUACCGCACGGCCCGUGCUCUCCGUAUCGUCCGCUUCACCAAGAUCCUCAGCCUGCUGCGCCUCCUGAGACUGUCCCGCUUCAUCCGCUACAUCCAUCAGUGGGAGGAGAUAUUCCACAUGACCUAUGACCUGGCCAGUGCUGUUGUGCGUAUAGUAAACCUGAUUGGUAUGAUGCUACUGCUGUGCCAUUGGGACGGCUGCAUGCAAUUCAUGGUGCCCAUGUUGCAGGAUUUCCCACCAGAUUGCUGGGUUACCAAGAACAACAUGGUGAAUUCCACAUGGCAUUUACAGUACUCAUAUGCCUUGUUCAUGGCAAUGAGUCACAUGUUGUGUAUAGGAUAUGGUGCCCAGGCUCCCGAGGGCAUGACGGACGUAUGGCUGACUAUCAUGAGUAUGAUUGUGGGUGCCACCUGCUAUGCCAUGUUUCUGGGCCAUGCCGCCAACCUGGUUCAGUCCAUAGACGCCUCCCGACGACAGUAUCAAGACAAGUAUAAGCAGGUGGAGCAGUACAUGUCGUUCCAUAAGCUGCCGGCGGACGUGAGGCAGAGGAUCCAUGAGUACUAUGAGAUUCGCUUCCAGGGCAAGAUGUUUGACGAAGACAGUAUUCUGGGAGAACUCAGCGACCCGCUCAAGGAGGAAAUUGUGAGCUUCAACUGCCGUGGGUUGGUAGCCAACAUGCCACUAUUUGCCAAUACAGAUCCUCAUUUUGUAACGGUGAUUUUGACCAAGCUGCGCUUUGAGGUCUUUCAGCCUAAUGACUUCAUCAUACGGGAGGGAACACUGGGGCGGAAGAUGUACUUUGUCCAACACGGCUGUGUUACCGUGCUCCCCCGCGGAAAAAAAGAGAUACAGCUUAGCGAUGGAGCCUACUUUGGGGAGAUCUGCCUGCUGACCCGUGGACGUCGGACGGCAAGCGUGAGGGCUGAUACGUACUGCCGCCUCUACUCCCUGAGUGUGGACAGCUUCAACGAAGUCCUGGAGGAGCACCCGCUGAUGAGGAGGGCCUUUGAGAGCGUGGCUGUGGACCGUCUGGACCGGGUACAGGGGCGAGAACCCUUCAUGAGCUUCUCCACAGACUGACUGACACUUAUGGGCUCAUAGAGGAGAGUUGACACAGGCAGCACAGUGGAAACCUAUGUGGCAAGAUGGAGGGCAUUCAACUGAUAAAAAUCUGACAGUCAAUGGACAUGUUGCUCUUGUUUUUAGUUUGGGAACCUACUUAUAGAAAGUUAUGCUUCAAAUACGUUUAUUAAGAAGCAUAUUACAAUGGAAACAAGUGUAUAAAUAUAUCAAUGAGCUUCCCUUUUUAACAGAUAAAAUAACAGUAACGUACACCAAAACAAAAUAUGAAAUAAAAAUUAAUAGUACCCCC